AUGAGCACAGGAGACACACAAGGGGUGGACAAUCAGGAAGCCUGGAAUGAGAGGCAAAUGCCCUUUGGCUUCAAUUUGUUUGCUGCACAGAGCGGCGGUGUGCAUGUGUCGCGGAGCGGGGGGAGCGCUGCACUGUUCUGCGCACCGGUUCCGCUGGACAUCACCGUAUUACGGCGCUACGACAACCGGGUGGUGGUGGUGGUGGUGGAGGGGGAGACUGGACCCCGGACCGGGAGCAGGAGCAGGACCGGGAGAAGCACCGUGGCUCUUUAUAGCCCGCUCUCCGAAAACAUGUCCGAGUUUUUCCUAUUCGCUUUUCUAGCCCUGUUCUCGGGAUUAUUUCCGUGCGCCGAGCCCUCGGCGGUGUCGGGCGAGGAGAGAGCAAGCGCCAGAGGGACAUCGCCGCCGGUUCCGUGUGUCCGGGCCCUCCCCUUCGAGGACGCUGACCGGCCCUUCUCCUACGCGCAGCGGCUCCUGGAUGCAGCGAGCCGUUGGCUCCAGCCGGGUGUGCGCUCCGCUGAGGAAGUCGUCGGGCAGGUGGCGCUGGAGCAGUUAAUCGCCGGCCUGCCAUCUUCGACGGCGAAUUGGGUCCAGUGCCAUCGCCCCGCCAAAAGCAGCCGUCGUCCUUGCGGAGGACCACCUCUCGCUUCCCCGGCGGAGCAUGAAAGAGGAGCCCCGACCACCAGCCGUCUCAGCGGGCAGACCCGUCCCAGCCCCCGAGGACAAGGGUCCGGCCUACGCUUCUGGUCGUCCGGCACCACGGGGGGCUCCUCAGACGUCAGGGCAGGAUUGCUGGCGGUGCGGGCAGCCCGGCCACUUCCGACGGGAGUGUCCUCUCAUGGAGGUCGGACAGCUGGUUCGGGUUGCAGGACCGGCGGAGGCUUUCAGCCCAGAGGAUUAUGGGAUUCCCAAGCCAACACCUUGGACCCCUUCAAGUCAGGCUGGAAGAGACUGGUGACUGUUCUGGCCUGCAGUCCAUCACCUCAGUCCCUGACCCAUGCGAUCAUCAAGGUCAAUAGAAUCCUGACCAAUGGGAGGACGCCGACCGUGCUGAUUGACGCGCUGACGGAGAUCGUGGACACGGUUCAGGGCAGGAUCGAGAUCUAUCUGGACGGAGGCAUCAGGACAGGAAGUGAUGUUCUGAAAGCGCUGGCCUUGGGAGCCAAGUGUGUUUUCAUUGGCCGUCCAGCAGUGUGGGGCCUUGCAUACAAGGGUGAUGAAGGAGUGAGGGAAGUGCUGCAAAUCCUUAAUGAUGAGUUCCGUCUUUCCAUGGCUUUAUCAGGUUGCAGGAACGUGGCAGAGAUCAACAGGAACCUCAUUCAGUUCUCUAAACUCUGACACACCAGCAGAGGGCAGCACAGAGGACAAUAGCAAACACUGAACAGGACUGAACCACUUAUUGAACAAGUACCUGAGACUCCAUGGUGACAACGAAACUGAAAAACUUAACCUCAGAGUCAUGACUUUAUCAUGGCAGAACAUACAAAACAGCUUCAUGCAGGGUGUGAGAGUGAGAGUGAAAGUUAAGGGUCUGAGGCAGAUUCAACAAGUGAAUAAUGAGGGGUUUUAUUGUAACAAAUGCAACUGAUCAUGACAUAUACUACAGUUUAAGACGCUGCCAGUGAUUGUAGUUGAAUAAACGCCAGCUGAAAUUGA